AUGAUGAAAACAAAUAUUAACUCUCUAUUAAAAUCUGAGGAAGAAAAAGAGCAAGGCAAUAUUUUAUUCAAACAAGGUGACUAUGAGUUAUCUAUUUUCCAUUACACUCGAAGCAUAAACUAUGUACCAACAUCAUCUAUUCUGUAUACCAAUAGAUCUUUGGCAUAUUAUAAAAUUGGAGCGUAUGAGAAAAGUUUGAAUGAUGCGAUAAAAGCCAAGGAGCUCGAUCCAAACAAUUUGAAAAGCUAUUACAGAAUAUGCGAAGCAUAUAAGGCUUUGGAAGAUUUUGAAAAUUUUGAAAAAUAUACAAAAAUAUAUAAUAAUAAAAAAAAUUCUAUACAAAACGAAAAGAAUAAUGAAAAUGAAAAAAACAACGAUAAAGAAACGAACCUUGAUAAGUUUCAUUCAGAAUAUAUUAAAAAUAAAAUAAAUGAUAAAAAUUAUGAACACCAAAAAGUUAUUAGAAAUAUAAAAAAAAGUUCAGAAUUAAUAAAUUUGUGUCAAAAAGAUGAAAAAGAAAACUUUUUAUUUUUUAAUACCCCACAAAUAGAAAAUAAAAAAACAAAUAUAUCUUUUGAAAAAAAAGAAUAUAAACAAAAUUUUUUAAUUGAAGAAAUAUAUGAUUUUAAAAGUCCUGAAAAAGAAAUAAAAAAUAAAAAUAAUGAUAUAUCUAUAAAUAAUAAUUCGAAAAAAAAAACAAGCAAGUUAAGCUAUAUAGACAUUUACAACGACAUAAUAUAUUUUACAACAAAAUUUACAGAUUUAUUUUUAGAUAAUACAUUACUAUCAGUUUAUAUCCAAAAAGAAAAUAUAAAAACAAAAAACAAUUUCAGGGAACAUGAUUUAAAAAAAUUGAAAGAAAAAGCAGACAUGCUUUUUUCUCAAAAGAAAUAUCUACCCUCCAUUGAUAUCUAUAACGAUGUACUCCAAUCUUUAGAGUCUGAAAAGGGAAUAUACUACUGUACAGUUCUAAAUAACAGAAGUGUCUGUUUCGUUGAAAUGAAAAAAACCCGAAGUGCUCUUUGCGAUAUAUGUAAGACUUUGAAUAUUCUUUUUUCUUUUUUUGAGCAACACAAGGAAAGAAUAAAAAAUGGCGAAAAAAAUGGCGAAAAAAAUGGCGAAAAAAAUGACGAAAAAAAUGACGAAAAAAAUGACGAAAAAUUAUUUUAUCAGAUUGAUAUAGAUAUUUAUAAUGAUAUAAAUGGGAUAUAUUACCAGGCUCACAAAAUAUUAAUAAAGUUAUUAUUUAGAUAUAUAAAAUUUUCGCAUUUUUAUAGUAGCAAAUUUAAGCUUCCUUCAAUCGAUCAGGUUUCUAUAUUUAUUAACAUGAAGGGAAUGGAAUAUUUAGAUCGUAAAGAAGUUGAAAAAUUAAAGGACACUGUUUAUUCAAAAUUAUGA